CGACUUCGCCAGCAUCUCCGUGUCCUUGUUUGUGUUGUGGGAUGGUUGAUCUGUACAAACAAGCUGAGGUGUCCCUUCGCGAGGCCGUCCUUGGUCAGGACUGGAGCCGUGUGAGAGAGUGGAGGCCCUCAGUUGUGGAUGCGCGGGGCGAAAUUGGCAGCAUGGAUGAAUUAGUUGACUCGAGUGCAGAGGGGCCGCCUGCAAUGACAGAAAGGCAACGACGGGAGGCAUACCGACUGAAGACGCUUCCAGGUGGGAAACAUGGGAGGGGACGCAGGGCAGGGACGAAGGAGAGCUGAGAUCUGGACGGACGGUGAUGAAUCAAUCAAUCGUUUUGGUGUGUGUAUUCACUGAUUGACUGUGAAGGUUGUGUGUUUCUGCCGGCCUGGCUGAGUGAGGAUGAGCAGCUUCUUCUGGCCCACGAGUGCGUCACAUCCUACAUUGAGGCGAGCAACCAAGCCAGCGCACGAGCAGCCAGUGAGUGAUUUAUAAAGCAGCCAGUACUGCCUAUUUGCUGUUUGUGUACUGUAAUCACAGCCCCCACACAGGACCAAUCUCACCGGGUUCGAGGAGGCGGCACGGGAAUUCUGGCGUACGUACGCACACUCUCAGCUAUCUGCCGGGUGUAAAUAGAGGUCUGCGCAUCUGCUGCUGUCUGUUCGGCUUUCAGCGUCAAAUGAGCCAAUGUUCACCAGGCUGCGAUGGGCCACCCUGGUUGGUGAGAGGAACGCAAACAAACCUAUCUGAGGACAUGAUAGGUGAAUGGUGUCUGUCUGUCUCUGUCUUAGGGCUACCAAUACAAGUGAGUGUCUGCGAUGCGGCACCUACCUCCCUCCCCGUCUAUCCCCUCCCAUCAUCAUUCAUCAUGCCCUCCCUCUCCAUUCCAUUCGUUCGUUGCUUCGCCCGUCCAUCAGCUGGACUACCCGCCAAUACGACGACCGCCUGCCCUUCCCAUAUGGGCUCACGUGUCUCUGUCAGGAGAUCAUGACAGAGCUAUCGCGCCAGUGUCCGCUGCUGGCUCAAGAGCUGCACCUGACCGGCGACUACACACCGCAGGUCAGAUCAGAUCUAUUGGGUCUCUGGGACAAAGGACCAGAGAGCGUCACCUCACCCGACGGUCAAACGAAUGCACACAGCUAUCUUAUCAUUCAUGUCAUGUAGGCGGCCAUAGUGAAUCUCUACCGGCGGACCGACCGACUGAGAGGUGGGGAAGCACACCUCGCCAGUUGGUGACCGAUCGAUCGAUCGAUGCGGAAAUAUGCGGUGCGCGUGUGGCUGGCAGGGCACCAGGAUGAUGCCGAGACCGACACCACUUCGCCGCUCGUGUCCAUUAGGUAGGUACUUCUCGCCUCAUGGUUACUCACAGUGUCCACACACGUGUCCCGUCCCCUGCCUGCGUCCCCUGCCUGCGUCCCCUGCCUGCUUUGUUCGCAGUUUGGGUUUGCCUGGCCUCUUCCUCGUUGGUGGCGACACAAGACAGUGAGUGAGCUGGCGGCUGAGGGAGGCAGGGAGGCAGUCAGAACAGAGCGACACCAAUAUGUGUGUGCGCUGCGCUAUUCAGGCUGUCUCCCCAGCCCGUGGUGCUUCGCGGAGGCGACGUACUGCUGCUGGCCAGCACAGCCAGGAAGUCUUUCCACGGUACGCAGGCAGGGUGGUGGGACGGCACACACACCCUUGCCAAGAAGUAUGCUCGGUUCUUUCUGUUUUCCUCAGGCAUAGCGGCCAUUAUGGAGCCACAACCUGAUGCCGACACACAUGGCGGGCCAGACGGAGGGGAGCCAGCCCCGCCAACAGCGGCGGGUGCCGGUGCCGGUGCUGGCAGGAGGUGGCAGGAAUCGACUGCAGUGGGGUCGUUGGAGGGUUUGAGUGGUGAUGAGCGUGUGAGGCUGAUGGACCUGCUGGCCAAGACACGUAUCAAUCUGAGCAUCAGACAGGUCAACCAGGGGGGCAGAGUGACGUGACCGUUCUGGGUGAGGGAUGCGACAGGUCGCCUAGCUCUGGUGGUCGAUGCAAUCAAUCAUGUGGUGCUGAUGGUUUCUUGUCAGUGACUCUCGUGCAUUUCCUUGACAGCAGAUUCCGUGUGUCCAUGUGUGCAUGCAUCAGUAAUCACACU